AGUUCUACUCUAGCCUGGAGUGGCUCUCAGUGCCGGCUGGGACACAAAGCACUUGAGUUAUUUCAGCCACAUGAAGAGAACCAGAAACAGGAUCACAGCUUACUGAAGACAGUAUCUCCUUCCCAGCCUCCAGGAAGAAUUACACUCGCUCACCUGACUGCUUGGAUUUUUUUUUCUUAUGCACUAAAUAAAUAAAUAAACCAGGGAUAAGACUUCUUGAAUAUGUCGAAACAGCCAGCUUCCAAUGUCAGGGCCAUUCAGGCGAAUAUCAACAUCCCAAUGGGAGCCUUUCGGCCAGGAGCAGGACAGCCUCCCAAAAGAAAAGAAUUUUCUCCUGAAACAGAUGAGAGCCUCCCUUCUACUACAGAAGAAGGUACAGAGAAGAAGGUACCUCCAGGAGCAAAGAAACUGCCAGGACCUGCAGUUAACCUAACAGAGAUCCAGAAUGUAAAAAGUGAACUGAAAUAUGUCCCCAAAGCUGAGCAGUAGUCAAAAAGAAAGGGCCUGACUUGAAGACCUAAGGAGAAAAAGGAAUGGAUUCCAAUGAAUGUAGAUCACUAAAAUAUUUUAUAUAUUUGUAUGAAGAGUAUGAGCUUCCUGAAUACCAGAGACUCCAGAAGAAACAUUCUAUUUAUACAUUUAUAUCUUCUCUUUCCUGUUGGCCACCAUUCUUAAUUUAAAAUAUGCUUAUGGCACCUGCAGAGAAAAGCAUCCAGGCAAAAACCUGUUUGGGGGCAGGGGAGGGAUUGUUUUAAAACAAGUUACAAUCUGAUGAAUGGAAACACAGAUUGUUAAAUCACAUUCAUUCUCAUUGGAAGUCAUAUCAACCAUUUCUCAUGAUAUUUUAUCAAUAUUUAAAAGGAAUAAAAUGAAUAUUAGUUCUCCCACUUGCAUAACUACAUCAAUAAAACUUUUUAUUAGCUAAAAAUAAA